UUCAUAUUUUAAUUGGUGGUCAGGGUUAUGUCAAGCACAGUAUUUCUAUGACUUUAUAAAUAUCCCUUAUUUAUUUUUACAUUUUACAAGACGAUUUUAUUAAACAGACAUGUUUGGAGGAGAUAACGUUCCUCCGAAAAGACCUCAUAAACACUUGAAAAGAAAUUAUAACCGACAAGAUAUACUUAUUCCUGGUACAACUCCAGGAAGUUAUGGACAUUUUGGACGGGAGCCCAACACAGACUACCAUGUCAAAUACUUACAUUACCAACAAAAGAGGGACUCAUUUGAUGACAUGAAGCAAGCUGAGAAGAAAAAGAAAUAUUUACAAGAUGCUAUUACCACUAAAUAUGAAAAUCACGCUGUAAAAAAGCGACUACAGAGAUCCAUACAGGAUAGGGUUGAUGAAAAACUUAAGGCCUACGAAGAAACUGUUGAAGCAAGACGAAGAAGAUUGCAAGAACUUCUAUGCAAAGAAGAAAGAGCAUUUUAUUAUCAAACUGUUGAUCAAGCUCAGAAAGGAGCUGAAAGAAAAAUGGAGGAAAUGAAGCAGAAAGCAGAAGCCCUAAAAGCCCGAAGAGAAGAAGAACGAUUGGAACUAGUUCAUAAAAAAAGAAUUGAACAAUAUCAAGAACGAUGUCAAGACCUCAGACCUCAUUUAGCAAAAAAGAACCUCAUGGAAUCAAAGUACUCUCAGCUUCAGCAAAUAAGGGAAAACGAAGCAAAACGUGAAGUUGAUCGAGAGUUGGACAAAAUGUGGUACGAGCUGACUGUAAAAGAAGCAGAAGCCAAGAAAGAAAGAGAAGUUCAAGAGUUACUAGAAAGGCGAAACAAGGAGAAAGAAAUGCUUAAGGUAUGGGACAUGCAAAUUAAAGGCAAAGAAUUGCUUAAAGAAGAAAUGGAUAAGGUUGCACAAGAGGAUAGACUUGAAAUGCAAAAGCUGAGUGAGCAGCUUCGUAGGGAAGAAAUUGAAGCCUUAGAUGCCAAAAUACGGAAAAAAGAUUCAGCAGCUCAACAAAUAAUUGAACAAAUGGCGAUCCAAAAAAAAUUAGAGGAGCAAAGGAAGAAAGAAGAAAACGCUUUGGACCAGGCUUUCAAUACUCUCGCUCAGUUGGAGCUCGAGCGAGAAAAAGCUGCAAUUGUAAAUGCUUCAGGUCAAGCGAGAAAAGAAACCGCAAUGUAUAGAAAACAUCUAAAAGAACUAGAAGCCGAACGAAAACACGAAGAGAAGAAACUAAAUGAGCUUCUUGAAAUACAUCGAAAAGAAAUUGAACGAAAGCAGGAUGAGGCAAAGUGUAAAAUUGUCGAGGCGAAACGAAAACUACAAAGAGAUGUACUGGCCGAACGGGCGGAGCAGCUAAGAUAUAAAAAACAAGAAGCUGAACAGCAGCUGAAGCUGAAAGAAGCCGAAAAUGAGCUACUUAGAAUGGCCUUUGAAACAAACGAACGCCUACAAGCAGAGAGCGAUAGACUGGAAAAACAAGCUUCUAUGCAAUAUAGAGAUGAUUUAUCCAGACAAAUUGCAUACAAUAAUGUGUUAAGGCAAAGGGAAAGAGAGGAGCUAGAAAGGCAGCUUGCAGAAGGAUUAAGAGAAGAAGAAAAAUAUAGAGAAAUCACCAAACAAAUGCUUUCAGGAGAAUUGGAAAUGGGUGUUAAGCAUCCAUUUAGAGCGGCUCUGGAGCAGUCGAAUUGCUAUUGUCCAAUGCCAAAUAAAUAAAUGAGUAAAUAGCAA